AUGGAAAUAUUAAAUCAGUUUAAAGAAAAUGGAUAUUUCACAGCAGAUUUGUUUAUUUUGCUUACAAAAAGGAAAAUACUUAAUGCAGAAAAAGAGUUAACGCCAUCAGAAUAUGAGAGAGAGAUGAGGAUGAGUACGGCAGAACGACUACAAAGUCUAAACAACAUCGAACUAGACAACAUAGUUGGAAAAGAUAAAAACAAAGCUGUUUUGUUAUUUACUCCAAAGAUAAUUAUAUUCCAAAAUUUUGAGCCGAAUAAAAAAUAUGUUGCAAAGCUUACUAUUCAAAAUAAAAGCAAGGCGUCAACAUAUUUGAAUAUGGUGAACGAGGAGUCUUCUUACUUUUCCGUCCGAGCCAGCGGCGAGCACCUACCCCGUCUAGCCCCUGGAAUAGCGGUCACAUUCACUCUCACUUUCCUGCCAGAACAAUACAAAGACUAUAUUCACGAAAUUAUAUUUUACACUGAUACAGAUCAAUAUGUAUUUCCAGUUAUUGCAAUUGGACCAAGAGCUAUAUUCAAUUUUCCGGACGAAGUGGUGCUUCCUCCUGGGCCACUGAAGGUCAUGAACCACGCAACACUAUCUAUACAAAAUGUCGGCGCGGUAUCUUCUGGACUUACUUUUAAUAUAAAGAACCCCUUUUCAGUUCAACCGAAGACUCUGAGUUUGAAUCCAAACGAAAAAAUAGAUGUUCGAAUUGGUCUUCAAACAAUGCAUCUAGGAGAAACGAAAGCAGUUCUCAAUGCUAUAUUAGAAACGGGUGAAAUUUUCUGCAUAAAUUUAAUUGGUGCAAAAUAUGAAGUAAAUGUUGAAUUGGAAAAGACUGUCAUACGAUUUCCGGAUACCUUUAACAAGUUACAGCGGCAACAGACGAUAAAAAUAUUAAACAAGUCAAAUCAUUCGCUCACAUACACGUGUAUGAAGAACGAAUGUUUCUCUAAAGAUUUUGAAAAUAAACUUAAACUAACCGAUAAAUUUUAUAAUGUAAAAGAACUCGAAAGUUUAAAAUCAAAUAAACUAUUAUAUUACGAUGUAUCGAGUAGUGACGAACAUGAAAGAGUUUGCACAAGAAUUUUCUGUGACGAAAUUGAAGCUCUGGCCGUCGACGAGUCUUUAUAUUUUAAACAUCCACAUUUUUCUAUAACACCAUUAACUGGUACAAUUUGGGCUAACAGUUCGGCGGAGCUAACUGUAACAUUUAGUCCAAACGAAAUAGGCGAGCUGGAAGCGAUGACAUACAUGGACGUGGAUGGUGUUGCCAGCCGCAUUCCCUUGAAAAUUACCGGGACGUCUCUACCCCCCUCGAUCACGUUAAACUUACAGACACUAGACGUGAAUCGUAUUUACAUAAAAAAGACCUAUAAUUACGAAAUAGUUGCUACGAACAAGGGACAUAUUAAUGGGACAAUCGGCUAUGUCGAGCAACCUACCUUAUUUGGUGGUAAGAUUUCUUGCCACCCAAAAAAGCUAUGCUUACGUCCUGGAGAAAUGGAUACUUUUGUGCUCUCGUUUUGCAGCUCAAAACAGGGAUCAUUUUUUGAGGAAAUACAUUUUGCUAUUCGCGAUUCGCCUGAGGUUGUAAAAGUAUUUUUAAGGGGCGCCGUAGUGUACCCAUCAUUAGCGUUUAGUUUACCGCUCAUUAAUUUUGGACACGUCUGUUUAGGAGUACCUAAAACUUUAGAAUUAGAAGUGGUUAAUGAGUCUACAAUAGAGGUGAGUGCGAGUGUCCACGUGCCCACUGAUGGGACGGAGUUUAACAGCAUAACGCUAGAGGACUACGCCCAAGCCGGGUACCCUAAACCAGAGUUAGCACACUGUCCUAAAGAAUUUAUAAUUGAACCAAAUAGGAUCAGCAUAAAAUCCGAAUCAAGUGUUAUUUUACAGAUAACAUUAACAGCCAAUAUAGUGAGAGAGUAUCAGACCCGUCUUGAAGUGGAGCUGGAUGAAUCUGAGAACUUACCCAUCACUUUACCUAUCACUUUCAACGCGACUGUACCCGCAAUACUGAAAGUACCCGACUUGAUAUUGGACGCAUGUGUGCUCGAUUAUCCCUAUAGGCAUGUACUGGAUAUAAAGUGUUCUAAUAUAACGGGAUAUUUCUCACUUUAUGAAUCUCAGACACAAUCAAAAAUUAAGAUCGAUGUAGACGUAAAAGAAGGCUUUAUAAAACCGAAGACAAUUUUGAAGUUACCAAUUAUAGUCACGGCUGUGGAACUCGGACGCAAGAAGGCCGCUUUGAGAUUUAAUAUUUUCGGACUACCCGACCCCGUGCAUGUGUGCUACGUGACAGCGACCGGCGUCCCACCAACUGUCACUUGCUCCACAUCAUCACUGAGCUGGGGUCAAAUAAAACUGCUGACGAUGAAGGAUAAGUCACUCACGCUAUAUAACCUGUCGCCUAUCGUCAUACCCUUUUCAGUUCAAUUGGCAAAAAACGACGAUAAAUUUAUCAUCAAUCCUAAUGAAGGACAAAUUAAGCCUGAAUCAGAAUUCACUAUAACAUUUGGUCUCUAUCUGGUGGACGCAGAGAAUUAUUCGAAUAAAGCUGUUAUAAAAAUAAAAAACCUGAAAGAUUUGAUCAUACCUUUAACAGCGACUGGUAUUGGUACCAGUAUCAUGAUAGGUGAAUUAAGAGACAGAGUGGAAUUGGGGAAACAUUUCACGAAGCUGCAAUUUCAGUGCCAAGUGACAAUGCAAAACUUUGGCACUCGCAUUCAUACAUUGGAGUGGUGUGAUUUUUACAAACUGGCCAAGCCGAAUCCGUUAAACAUACGAGAAACGAAAAGAUUUGAUCUACAGCCAAGAACAUGGAAAAUGUUAGCAGGAGAGAAAGUUGAAUUGGCCAUUUCUGGUACAUUCGAUAAAGCAAUGAUUGUGGACGAAACGUGGUAUUUGGUGGGAUGUGUCGAAGGAAUUAAUAAAAAAGAACUUUUAGCAGAAUGUCAAAUAUGUGCAACUUUUGUUGAUCCAGAAAUCAUGCUAUCUCCCCUAACGAUAGACUUUCGUUUUGAUCAUGGACCGUACAAUGAGUACUAUAAGCUUAUAGAUACAGUAGCAAUAAAAAACAUCACAACGCUUCCACUCGACUUGGAAAUAACUACAAAGCCUCCUUUUGCUAUUAUAAAAAAAUCUAGCUCAUAUAAACUAUAUCCCUACGAAGAAAGUGUUUGUGAUUGCUAUUUAAUUAAUAGAGACUAUAGAAGCGGGGCAAAUGGAACUGAUUUGGAAUUGAGAUACUCUCAAGUGUUUAUAGAUUGUGUUACUCAGGAACACAACAUCGUCCACAAGAAAAGUAGCCUUAGUAUUUUUGAAGACAUUAAUAAAAUUAAAGAGGCGUAUGAACUUACCUACAUAGUUGAAGAACAACUGCAGCAUCAAGAAGUUAUGAAACUACAAGUGUUGUUCGAUACAUCCGAGCACACUUCUCCGACUUCGCAAAUCUAUCGUGAUCUGCUGAAAGUAAAACUAAAAGGCCACAAGAACAAGGAUGCUGUUGAACUAAUUGGAGAAAUUAACCACCCGAAUGUCUCGGCAUUGACACGUGAUAUAGAUUUUCAAUGUAUUCUGAAUAAGAGUAUUACAAGCAAAUCAAUCAAGAUACAAAACAUGUCUCCUUUACUUGUAUGUUAUAAAUUGAAGUGGAAAGAAUAUUCAAUUACAGCUGAACCAACGGAAAUACAACGGGAAGUUCAGGAAAACCUAAAUAAUUCAGAAAUUCCAGUUGGUAUCAAUUUUGGUGAUUUAAACAAAAAAAAUGGAAAUAAUUCUGACAACAAACAACAACAAAGUAAUAAUCAUACGACGUUGCCAGAUGAUUUGUUUGAUAGUAAAAAUAUCAUAAAUUACAAAGUUUUGGAAAAGAUAGCGCCAAUAAUAGUUGGAGCCUAUGAUACAAGUUAUCAUCGAAGAGCAUUACUGUCCCAAAAAGUAAAUCGUAAUACUGAUAUGAUAAAUAGAGUUCUACAAGUGGAACCCAACGGUGGACUACUAAAACCAAAUGAAAUUCAAGAGGUUCAUAUUACAUUUACGCCGCCUGAUAAUAUAAGCAUUACAGCACUUUUGGAAUGUGUCGUCCUCGGAGGUCCAUCUACAUACGUAUCAAUAGUUGGGCGCAGUGCCAGAUUAUCAUACUAUUUAAGUCCAAAAAGUAUUAACUUUAAAAUUCGCUCAUUUAAUCAGAGCGCUUUUGAAAAAAUCUUGUUGUCUAACAAAGGGUUUUUACCAUUUCAAUUUAACGCCCAUCUCAAGGAAGGUAAAAAUGCAAAUGACCUUUAUAUGACUAUCGUUAGUAUAAAACCAAAAGUAAAGCUUCUGAAUACGUCGGAAGAAAUAGAAAUUAGCGUUGAGAUUAAACCUGGCCUCAUGGGAUACUUCAAGAGAUCAUUCUAUUUAGAAGUAGGACAUCUUCCGCCGCUGCAAGUAGACGUCUACGGAUGGGGUGUGAUACCACAAGUGUAUCUCAACUUACCAAGAUGUAAAUUUGAGAGCGAUUUGGAGUUACAAUAUGCAGCUAUAGCGACAUUGACUCUCGAGUAUAUAGACGCUGUUAAGGAGUUAUUUGGCAAGACAACUUCGAAACUUUUAAACUCAUCACAUAACGAGAAGUUUCUUCAAGAUGCUUUAUUUGACGAAACUUGGGACAUUUGUUCAAUUAUGGAAGAGUACCCGUCAACAUUAGAUAUUGAUUUCGCAAUAGAAAGAGAAAUUGUGACGAGAUAUUUGAAGCAAAACCCUAAUGUAAUAUCUACUCUAAAGAUGAGUGGAAAGCAUUCCACUAUAACGGGAUUUGAAACUACUCCUUAUUUAUUAGAUCUUGGAGUAGUAACAAAUGGUACUUUGACAUCAACGUCCAUAGAUGUUACUAACUACGGACCAAAUCCGAUAAAACUAAGCAUUUCAAGGAAAACUAUUGUACCCCCUAAUUUAAAUUUUAAGCUUUGUGGUAAAAUCAAUUCAGGUGAAACAGGAAAAAUAGAAAUUACUUACACGACUAAUGUCAGUGAGAUCAAUGAAGCGGAACAAAAAUUUGAGGCGCAAAUCGUUUUGGAGAUACCAUUUGGGAUAUCAAUUCCUGUGCACGUAAAAGCACUUUGUGCCCUGCCAUAUCUUCAUACUAAGGUUAAGUCUGUUUAUUUCGGCUCAGUGCGGUGCGGCGACAAAAUAUUUUACACGAUACCUUUGAAAAACAUUGGAGCGCCUCCAUGCAUAUGGUAUGCCACAGUCAAGAUGAAAACGAAAGGUUCAAAUGCCAUAAAAAUGGAAACGACGUCCGGUAGAUAUGAGCCGGGUGAAGGAGGACUGUUCCGAAUAGCUUUUUGCCCUACAGUAGAGGCGAAGUUUGAAGCAUUACUUGUGUUUACGUUUCACAUGAACCCGAACAAACUGUCCAUACUCGUUGGCGGCAAGGGGAUGGUACCUCGCGUGGUCGUCAUCGGACCCCGAGUGACCUUCCCCCCUACGUUGCCGUACGCUGAUACUGCACACAACUACUUCGGCAUCACCAACCCCUGCCCAUUUCCCGUUGAACUCAUAUUCGCUCAUAACGACGUGCAAUGGAAAGAAGAUGAGGAAAUUUAUACCCUACUUAAUAAAUACUAUAACGAGCCUAAUGAAAUGCUUAUACCGAUCCAAAAACCUGGAAGUGGUUGGCCCGAAGAGAUAAUCAGAUUUUAUACCAAAUAUAAAGAAAGCGUUAAAAGACUCAAAGAAGAACAGCAACAUGGCCAAAAACUUAUGAUAAAACCUUCCAAGAAAACAAAACUUACAAGAUCGUUAGCUGAUAAACCAGUAUUUCCGCCUGCAUCUCUGGAAAAAAUACGAAGUGAUUCUGAAAUUGCUAGAGAUGUCAUGCAAAAUAUGAAGGCACUAAAAUUAGAUCCCCUUGGAAUACUGGAAAAUGAAAAUAAAAAUUGCGAUGUCGAGCAACGUGCGAAAGGCGUUCUUAUUAUAUUCCAAGGACCUCCAUGUAUAGAAAUGGAAUGUCAGGAAAUGGCGUACUCGGUAGGGAAAGAGCUGAACUUACCUGCGGUCACUGUGGACAACUGCAUCGUGGAAGCGCUGUGCACCAGCGUGAGUGCGGCGCGCACGACGCUGCUGCGCACUCUCGAUGAACAGUACACGCGUGUUUCAACGCACCGCGCGGAGGGCGGUGAGGAAAGUGACGGUUUCGAUGAGGCGGAUGAUGACUUCGAUAUUAUUUGGAAGAAAAUUGAACACACGGUACAAACAAUAAGCAAAAUGUCUUUAGCAUCAGUAGUAAAGCGAACAAAAAAGAAGGAUAAGGAAUCUAUUUCUAAAUUAGACACGAUAAGCACUAUGAACACCACUAUGUUUGAUUUGGAUUUAGUACAAGAACUUUUAAUGGAAUAUUUUAAUCAGCCAAAAUAUGCUCGAGGCUUCAUAGUAGUUUCUUUAAAUAGUAAGGUUGUUAAACGUCCAGAUCUGGCCCUCGCUAUAGUACUGAAGUGUAAGCCCACGAUUCAUACCAUACGAUUGGUGUUGGGUCACAUGACUCUUGCUAAAUGGAUGAAUCACCAAGAGAUGAAACGAGAAAAGGAAUUGCUAAAACAGAAAAACUCCUCAAAGGAAUACAGCGCAGAAGAAAUAAGUGAGAUAAUAACAAACUUCGAGAAAAUGAAUGAUGCGGACUACGAAUCGUCAGAUCCGGAGUUAAGGGAACUUUAUAUUAAAUAUGUAGAGCCGGUGAGGGAAGUGCGCGACAGUUCGGAGUACAACGAGUACGUGAACUCUGUGUACUCGCCGGUCGUUAGCGUCGCCACCAACUGGCUGGUGGCGCGGGGCGAGCUGGCCGCGCCGCUGUACAGCCUGGGGGGACUGAGAGACCCUAAGCAAGGCGGAAAGAAGAAAACAGAAAUACAACCACAGAAAGAAAAAUGCGAGUGUGACGAUGUUCCGGAUUUGCUAAACGCCGACGAUUUUACUCAAGAAAAAGUAUUGAAAGUACUAUCACAAUGGGAAUGCAAAUGCGGAAAAAGCGUAAAGUCUUCGCUAAUGAAGAAUAUUUUUUCAUCGGGUGCAGAACUUCGAAAUCGCAUCACACUCCGUCCGGGCGAAUUGUUAAGGUGCGCAUACACGUUCAGUCCGCGGGCGGAAGGCCAAUACAGCGCGCGGCACUACGUCGAGGUUGCCGGCUGGCCGCCCUCGCGCCUUGAGAUAUGUGCCAGCGGGGUGUGCGACAUACCCAGGUUAGAUACGCGACCAAAGAAAAUGUUCGAAAAUUUUGUGAGACAUUCUAUUGAGGACCACACUUAUAAAGGCUCUUUCCUAGACGAUAAGAAAAUUUUCGAGUUGGGAGAUAUUUUCGUGGGAAAGAAAAGAGUAUUUGAAGAGAGCUAUCAAAUAACGUUAAGAAAUACUUCGCUUAUGGGUACUGCCGUCGAAGCCGAUAUUUUAGGAGACCGUAGUACAUUUCGUAUUAGUAAUAAAGUUGUGGAAUUAGAGGCUGGCUCCAAAAGUAACAUUUUGAUACACGCGGCACCGAAAGAAGUCGGCAAUCAUAGGUGUACGUUGCUGUUGAGUAUCCGCGACAACCCUGAGAUUAUAACUAUCCGGGUUUCCUGUACCGGGAUACCUCCUCUCAUGAAAGUCCUACCAGACACUAAAAUCUUAGAAUAUGGGAAACAUUUAUUAUAUCGUAAAGAGGACAACAAAUUUGUCGUAAAGAACAAUUCAGUUUUGCCCAUCAAAUGGAAGAUAAGAAACACAGAAGAACUAUCACGUGAUUUUAUGAUAAAACAGUCUGAAGGGGUUUUGCAGAGAGAUGAGAGUGUGGCGGUCAAAGUUGUUUACAACGCGUGUAGGGUCGGCGUUAUUGAUAACCAACAAUUAAUCCUCGAUGUUUACGACGAGCAAUGUAGAGGUGAACCCAUUUUAACGGAGGUGGUGCUUUUGUCGGCUGAAUGCUACGACGUUCUGGUAGACUACUCCUUCGAUAAUCCCAACGAUUACAUACUUAACUACGGCGACGUCAAAGUUCGAUCGACAGUCAAGAGGAGAAUGUUCCUACUGAAUCGAGGAAAAUAUAAUGUUUAUUUCAAAUUGAGGAAAAAGAAAGGCUUCCCUGAUCCGGUGCUGCUGCAAUCAUUUAACGCGAUUCCCGAUCAUGGCGUUCUGGUGCCGAACCUCAAACCUGUCGUCAUAGAAUUCGAGUGUACUCCCACCGCGGCCACUGACAUCACCGACACUCCCGUCUACGGUUGCACUCUCCUGGACGACAGUGACAACCAGACUAUUGUUGCAACGUUCCCAGUAAAUACUACGAUCACAUGUGCCUAUAAUACAUUCACCUUGUUCCCAGCGAGUGAACUCAACUUUUACGUUAUACCGGUUGGUAGCGAGGUUACUAAAGAAGUUGUCAUCACUAAUACUGGCAAAUCACCCUUCACGUACGAAAUAGUGUUGCCACCACAAUAUAGAAUCGAUCUCGAUACACUUUCAAUAAGAAGCAAAGAUAAAAACAAAUUUAAAAAUAUGAUUUUGAAAUGUGGAAAUUUCACAAUUUUAACCAGCGACAAUUUGGUGCAACCAAAAUCGAGUAAAACUAUAACAAUACAAUUUACGGCAUCCACUGACGAUAAAUGCGAGGAAACUCUAAAGUUUGUGAUCAGCGACUCGUCACCAGAAGAGGCUGAGGGUGUACCAUUCAAACUGAUGGGAAGAGGCGCAAUUCCCAGCCUAGACUUUUGGAACAUAGACGUGACAUUUAGAGAACAUGUCGUAGUUAAAAAGUUGAGCGAUUAUACGAUAGAUGAGACAACACCACACUGCGUUUUUGCGGAGGAGUCUUUGACGCUUCACUUUCUAAGUGCGAUUGUGAACACCAGCCAUGCAGCCAAUAUCUUCCUAUACAACAACGGCUUGGUCCCGUGUCUUUUGAAAAUGAAGCUUCACUAUCUCUCUAACAACUGUAAUCAAGGUGUCUUUUGGCUGGAUAAGUAUGAAACGCAAAUCGAAUCACUGUUUCAUAAGUCUUUGUGCAUACAUUUUAGGCCAAAAGCGAUGACGGAAUAUCGUGCGAUGCUUGAAAUAAACCUCAAGUUAACAGAAACUGAGACAAAAUCUUAUAAAAUAUUCCUACUGGGUGAAGGAGCCAUUCCCCGCAUAGCUCUUAUAUCUCCGCCGAUCAUACGACACGGACUCGCACUACUUGAGUUCCCUCUCACGUGCGUAGAGUCAGUUACAAGUCAAGAAAUCCGAAUCAAAAAUGUUAGUUCCGUAAAGGCAGUCGUAACUGUGGAUGUGAUGCGAGCUCCGAGGAACGAAUGGCAACAGUUUUGGGUAGCUUCUGACUCAAACUUACAAAGACAAGGAGUGAAUAAGAGUAUACAAGUUAUCCUAAAACCGAAUGAAGUGCGGUCAUUGUUCGUACACUUUAACCCAAACGAAAAAGGAAGAAUAAGUUGUGAUGUCGAAUUGAAAAUCUACAACAAUCCAUUUGAAAGUUUCACGAUAUUGUGUAAAGCUGAAUCGUUUUUGGAGGAUAUCACCCUUAAAGAUCUGGAAAUGUUGCCAAUGGACAUUGAUCUUGAUACUUAUAGAACUUCUGUUAAUGGCACAUUUACUUCAUCGACAACCAUAAGUGAAAGUAAGAGGAAAAUUCGAAGUGCCCCGGCACUGAAAAAGUCGAAGUCUAAAGUAGGCGACAUUAAAAAAGGCAAGCUACAGUCACGGAGCACCUUUUACGCCGAGACCAUGUCGACGUAUAGCACUGAACGGUCUACCCUCAAAUAUAUUUUAGACUUUGGUGAUUGUGAGCUAUUCAGCAUCAAGAAAAGAUCUAUCACUAUGGUCAACAAUUCGAAAAAAGUAUACAAGUUCCAAUGGGGCGAAGUGGAGUGUAUAGUAGUGAGACCAUCGGCCGGGUACAUCGCCCCGGGGGAGGAGAAGGACUUGGAGCUUUGGUUUUAUGCAAACCGAGUUGUUGCUAUCAAAAAGGAGUUACUAUAUUUACACCUAGAGGCGAUUAGCGACGAAUCGCUUAUUAGUGUAACAAAGAAAGACACUUCCUGGGAUUGCAGACAGACAAUCACAGUUUUUGAUCAUAAUCAGGACGUCGAUAUAAACGAACGAAGAGUACAAGUUUUAGAUGUAAAGGAAAAUAAGAUAGACAAUUCGAUCUCGAAACUUGUAUUGGAUACAACUAGCAUAGUUGUUGUUUGUUCGGCAACGUCGGAAUACCCCAAGUUCUUGUGUGAAUUGACGGACGAAAUUGAAAUCCCCGAUACAUUUAUUUAUCAGUCGAACAAAUAUGAAUUUCAUAUGGAGAAUAUUGGAAAAGUGCCUUUCAAAAUCGAAUGGACUUUUAGCGUUGAUGAUAGAUUUCCGGUAAAACCUGCAACUAUCAACACAUGUGAUGUGGCUCAAGAGGUGGUUGCUGAUAUUUUGGAACACCUUUUAAAUAAGGGUACCGCUCUUCUAGGGUAUAAUAAAAACAGCUCGAACGAUUCAAGUACAGGUACGCUGUUCAGCGAACGUGCGAACUCCAAAAGUAUUGACACGUGGAUGGACGUCGACUUGCCCUUCAGCAUUGAGCCCCCAGUACAUUGCGUUAAACCUGAGGAAAUCUGCACUUUCGUCGUAACAUUUUCUCCUACUGAAGCCUUCGUGUAUAACGUUAAAUUAAAGGGCGCAAUAGAUAACUUAGAUCCUAAAGACGAGGCGAUAUCGUGCAAUGUCAAAGCCAAAUCCUUAAUACCUUACGUUCAUUUGGCUAUAGAGGAUAACGCUGAUUUGAGAUCCAGAUUUAACAUACGUUCAACGACAGCACUAUUACCCACUACAUCACUUCUACAAUUUAACGUUUUGGGAACUGGCUGCUUCAAAAAGAAUAUCAAAGUAAUAAAUCCUACAAAAUACGGAUACGAGUUCGUUUUUGAGAUGGUCAAACCUAAACCUACACAACUGACACCGAUUCAUUGUAAUUUGCUGAAAGGCUACAUCGAUGGAGGUUCUUCAACUGAAGUCACGUUUACGUUUGCACCUUCGAAACCCGGUGUAUACGAAUCUCACUGGCAAUUUUCGAUACUAAAAUAUUCUGUUAGGCUAAACCUGCAAGUUGCGGGGGUAGUUCGGGAGUCUGACGUCACAUUCCAACCCCCACUACUCAUGAUCAGGAAUUCAGUGGUCGGCGUCACCGCCAGAAGUAUCGUGAUUCUCAAGAACAAUGAGAAUGAGAAUCUUAAUUUCAACUUUAAAGGAAAUUCACUUAAUAUUAUGGAAAAAUGUGACCAAAACCCGGUAAUCGUGAAACCCGAGAAAGGGGUAUUGAGAGCGAAUUCCGAGAUGCCUAUCACAAUAAUGUACACGCCAAAACAGGAAGGGCCGCUGUCUUUCAAGAUAUACUGUGACGUCAUUCACAUGACCAAAGGUCUGGCGUUGAGUGUGCACGCUCUCAGCCACGCCGUCAAACCCGUUGUGUCGUAUUCGCUACUCGGCAACGUCCACUAUCUGACCAGCGAUACCGUCACGGAUAUUAACUUAAAUCAUUGUCAGCCGCCUUACUCGGAAGAGAUACCCUUUACACUGACAAACGAGGGGUCCACAUCGUUCAACUACAGCUGGCGUUACAGCACCGGGAGGAACGUACAGUGCCAAGUCGAGCCGAAUGUUGGUCACGCGGUGCCGGGCGCAGCGCAGGAGUGCGUGCUGCGCUUCACACUCAAGAGGCUUCCUGUUCAGACUAUACCUGUCAUUCUAGCGAUUUCUGACGGACCGGAGUACAAAAUAGUUUUGCACGUUCACAUCGACAAGCCCGCCUGUCACUUCUCGUGCAAGGAAUGCGACUUCGGCAAAUGUAUAGUAGAUGCACCCGAUGGCACCUACCAUAAGAUUAUCACGUUCAGAAACGACGACAACAAACCUGUUACAUUGGAUUUCAAUUGCAAUGAUCCCGAAUUAUCGAUCAAACUGUCUCAAGAGGGUCUUAUAAAACCAAAACAAAAAAUUAACAUCUCUAUAACCUUCCAACCAAAGGAACUUAAGAGAUAUGUCCUUCCGCUAGAAUUUUUAUUAAAUUCGUUAUGCAAAGAAACAUUUACAAUAAUAGGGGAAAGUGUACCAUUAUUAUUUGACCUUUACGAAGGAUGUCAAAGAAGUAUCAAUCUGGGUCACAUUAGAUUAGGCAAAAGAGUUCUCCGUCAAAUAGAAGUCAUAAAUCAUAGCAAAGUUCCCAUCGACGCUAGAUUCAUGUUCAAAUGUGUGGACGGCAGUGGAGACUCAGUGGGCGCAGUCUCUAGAAAUAUUAGUGUCACUACUAGCAGUGCAGAUCUGGCAGAAUCGAACAAACUGAGCAUCAUGAAAGACGACCAACAUAAAACUGCAGAUAUGACUGAGAGGGAAAUAGAAUCACUUUUGUCUUCGCUUAAAGUAACGCCGAAGAAAUGUAAAAUAAGACCAUACGAAAAGAGGAGUGUUAAAAUACUUUUCAAGCCAGUACGCGGUUUUAAAGAUGUAAAUUUUGAGUUGUUAAUGAACGUGCUCCACAUAUCGAAGCCCCUAGUCCGUGUGAGCGGCACGGUGAGCGGCAUCAGCGUGUGUCUGAGCACUAGCGCCCUGCAGUUCGGCUGCCUGCGCCGGAGAGCCUGCAAGACCCUCAAACUCAUGGUACAGAAUAAAGGCAACAGCCGUACUAGAUUCAAUUGGCAGCAACUCUCUACGAACGAGUUCACAAUAUCACCUACAAAAGGAACCAUAGAGCCACAAUCUAAUGCAGCUGUUACAGUUACCUUCCAACCUGUUGAAAUUAAUCCUUUCGUUGAUCGUAAGGCAAAGUGUAACAUCGAAAAUUACAAAACAUUAGAAUUGGCAUUGAGCGGUACUUGUAUGGAUGUCGAUGAAGUCGAAAACAAAGUUCUUUAUAUUGAGUGCCCCGUCAGAGAGUCGAAAACUGAAAACAUUACUGUGACUAACCCGACGGAUGAUGAGUGGGUGAUACACUCAGAGAUGUCUGACGGACCGUUUGAAACUCUUAAAGAAGUUCGCAUACGGCCGAACUCUACAUACGAUAUACCGAUACAUUUCAAACCGAAGAAAAUGGGGAAACAUGAGAGUCAAAUUCUGUUCUAUCCUAUUGGCGAAAGUACCCUUUUCGUGACAGUUGUUGGUAUAGCGCUGGAACCGAGUCCUAACGACACAAUUAAAAUAACUGUACCCGCCAAAGAUUUUCAUACGGAAGAACUUAUCGUCUACAAUAUAACGAAACUCCCUGAAACAUAUUCUGUGGUGACUGAGGUUGUAAAGACUUAUCCAGACAAAUUCAAAGGGUACUUCGAAGUGAAAUGCCCAGACACGCUCCAAGUGUGUGGGCGAGCCGCGUCAUGCAACUGGACUUUCGUCUGCUACGACGAAUGUCAAAUUGUCAUGAGAGUGAUAUUCGUGAACGAAGAGGCUCGUGAGUUGCAAUACUACGACGUGGAAGUGACGGUAACACCGAGCAACGUCAAAGACACCCUGACGUUCGUGACGCGAGAGCGGGAGUCCGUGACGCAGGAGUUGGUGGUACAGAACCCGCUGUCCGUAGACGCCGAUUUCGUGAUACGCUGCGACAGACUGGAAUGCCCUAACGUGUUGAGGAUUCAAGCUAACUCUCAGGCAACAUUACCUAUGGUUUACUCCCCGUUAUUUGCUGGCGAGUGGCAAGAUCAGCUGAAUAUAAGUAAUAGCGUCAUCGGGACUAUAUCUUAUAACUUGGUAUUAAAAUGUCUUCCUGCCGAUGAAAAGAAUGUGGAGAUCGCUGCGGCUAUAGGGUCGUCUGUGCCUUUGACACUCAAAGUGCAGAACAAGACCAAAUCUCAAACGAAUUUUAAAAUUUCGGUGUCACACCCGUCUAUCAUACCGGAGAAAGUUUAUACUCUAGGAGGCCAUGAAAAAGGCAAAUUCCGUGUGUUGUUCGAGCCAACUGAGCUCGGUGUGCAGGCGUGUGUAGUCUCCUUCGAUUCUCCGGACGCAGGCCACUUUAGGUUUAACGUAAAAGGCACAGGCUUGGAGCCCCAACCGCAGGGGCCAUACGAAAUAAAAGCCGGUGAUCACAUAAUAGUACCGUUUAAGAAUGUGUUUACGGAAACGCGAACAUUUAAGGUGUCCGUAGAUCGCGAAGAAUUUCAUGUGAAUACGGAAUGUGAAAAAAUAAGUCCAAAAACGGAAGUGAAACUCACAGUGCGUCUGUGUAAGGAGCCGGCGCGGGGCUGGCCGACUCCGCCCACCGCCUGCCUCACCGUCCAGCCGCUAGAACCACCCGAACCCAACAUACAUUGGAUAUACUUCUUACAGGGAAAAGUUUGAUUUAGUUAACUACUUACAUGAAAAUAUAUUGUUUUGUGGUA